AUGGUGGAGACAUCAGAAGCCUCUGACCUCUGUGUCCUUCCCCUGAAUGCCUCCUGCAGGUCAAUGUCUGUUACUCCCCAGGCAGCGCUCAUCAACACACUGCUGUACUGCAUCACUCUGCUCACUGUGACACUCAACUUGUUGGUCGUCAUCUCUAUCUCCCAUUUCAGGCAGCUCCACACCCCCACCAAUCUCAUCCUCCUCUCACUGGCUGUGUCUGACUUGUUUGUGGGCCUCGCAGUGAUGCCAGCUGCUGUCAGCCUGCAGUCUUGUGGGUCCUUUAGUAAAAUCACAUGUGCUUUGUCCCCCCUGCUGAGUUUCACCCUCACCUCUGCCUCUGUUGGGAGUAUGGUGUUCAUAUCAGUAGACCGCUACGUGGCUAUUUGUGACCCUCUGCGCUAUUCUUCCUUGAUAACACUGAGCAGAGUUAAAAUCUGUGUGUCUCUGAGUUGGUCAUGCUCCAUUAUCUACAGCGCUGUAAUACUGAAAGAUCACUUUUUACAAAUAGACAUGUCUAAUUCCUGCUAUCAAGAAUGUGUUGUUGUCAUAAAUCACAUAGCAGGGGCAGUAGACUUGAUUAUGACCUUUUUUGGCCCUCUUGCUGUGAUUGUAGUUCUCUAUACAAGAGUGUUUGUGGUGGCUGUGUCACAGGCACGCGCCAUGUGGUCUAAAAGUACAGCUAUCCAAUCAAACACUGUGACUGUAAAGAAAUCGGAGCUGAGGGCUGCUGGAACUCUUGGUAUUACUCUUGUUGUGUUUAUACUUUGUCUCUGUCCAUAUUACAUUCCUUCUAUAAUAGGACAGGAGAACGUAAGUAGCAAAGCUCAACUCUGGCUGUACUUUUGUAACUCCACUUUUAAUCCUCUGAUCUAUGCCUUUUUCUACCCCUGGUUUAGAAAAUCGGUUAGAGUCAUUGUCAGCCUUCAGAUACUGCAGCCUGGUUCCCGUAGGGCCAAGAUCAUGUGA